AUGAAGGAUCACUCCCGUCACCAAGACGCCUGGACUGGCAUCGCCGUGCACCGACACGACACCCACUCAGAUACCUCCCAUCACCACUAUUCGAUGCGCCCUAAUUUGUCACCUGGUGCGCAAGACGCAAAAAUCCACAACGCGCAGAGCGCCAGGAAGCAUAGCUGGCCCUUCUUUAGUCAUGACCGUCCGGUUCUCGCCUCUGCCUCGACAGAUCGCCGGCCGUUGAUGCGAUCAGAGACAGAUGCGACAUCGGCAUCACGCGAGAGAUCAAACACCCCCGAUCAGGCUCUAUCAUUCAUGGAGAAAUACGGUCGCUGUCUUGAGAUUUUGCACUAUGGCUCGAACAGCACAGUCCGUCUACACGAGAACCAAGCCGCCACCAAUACCUCUUCUCCGCGGGUCUUCGCUAUCAAAGUCUACCGCUACAACAUUCUCGACUCCUCCAACCCCCUCACCCGCUCAAUCUCCUGUUCCCAAUCCUCAAUAUCCAAUCUACAUCCCCGCCACCCAAACAUCCUCCCAAUAACGGACCUCCUUUACAACGAGCGCUCCGAACUCUGCCUCGUAACCCCCUUCUGCGGCGGCGGCGACCUCCACGGACUCAUCUCCCUACAUGGCACCCUCCCAUCCAACGAAGUAGACUGUCUCAUCGCGCAAAUCCUCCGCGCCCUAUCAUUCCUCCACCAGCACGAAAUCGCCCACCGUGACAUCCGCCUUGAAACAAUCCUCCUCACCUCCAGCGGCGCAGUUAAACUCGCUGGCUUCGGCGACGAACAUAUCCGCCGUCUGUGGAAUGAUUGCACCAUACCUCUAGAGACAGAUGAAGAGAGACAAGCAUAUCACAGCCAACGGGCACAAUCCCAGCCCUCUUCUUGGUAUUUCUCUCUGCCUUGGCUUCUCUCGCCAUUCAAGAGCCAUCAAGAGCAGAAUGCUCGAGGGAAGGGAGGAUUUCAUUCUUCCACUGCUUCAUUUCCGGGGAUGAGUCUUCCCUAUAUCCCGCCUGAGGGAUUCAGAAGACACUUAACUCGACAUCGUUCCCAGAAUAACGGUGACGCAGAAGGUGAAGAUGACGACGAUGAUGACCCCCGUCCCACAGACGUCUGGGCGACGGCUAUUAUUUACCUUGCGUUGAUCACAGGUCGUCUUCCGUGGCGCAGUGCGCGACCGAAUCGCGAGGAUACGCGGUAUAUGGACUAUCUGCAUGGGCGGAGGGGGGAGGAUGGGUACCCGCCUAUUGAGGCGUUGGGCAGGUCCGAGGAAGAGGAUUACUACCACGGCAAUGCUUCAGUCGGAGUGGAUCUAUAG